CAUGGAAAAAGAGAGAUUUGAAGUCAGACUAACAGCUGACAGCGAUAGACAAGAAAGAGGAGGGAGAGAUAGCGGCGAGCUGAAAGAAGCACCACUCUCUGGCCUGGAGCUUUUGAGCAGACUCGAGUUUGACCAGGAACCAGCGGCUUUCUGUCACACCAGCACACUGGGGAUGUAAAAAGGGAGAGACCAUACUUCUGAUCCACCUGCAGCUCGAUUGAGGUUCUUCAUGGCUGCGACCCAGGCUGGACUCCCGUCCUUCAGCUCCUUCUCCAGCCUCAGUUUCUCUAGAGAGGAGAUGAAGGUGUGGAAGUCGGAUGACUCCCAAACUCUGGACUCGGGCAAAUGCUCAGCUGGCAGCUCUGGUCAGGCUCAGCUCUGCCAGGAAGUGACAGAGGAGCUGCUGGAAGAUGAGAGCCAAGCAGCCUGGGACAUCGAGUUCUUACUGUCUGAAUGGAACACCUCUUCACCCGAGCUCAACGCCCCCCUGAACUCUCUGCAGCUCACACAGGCUGAAGCAGACAUGACCUUUGCGGAGGUGAGCCCGUUUAAGGAGCAAGCCGGGGCGGAGAGCUUGCAUGUGAACAGCGAGGGACUCAGGGCUGAGCUCCCGAGCGCCUCUGGACCUCCGGCUGUCCAUCCAGAGCUGUACCCUCACGGCUACGAGGACCAAACAGGACAGACGGCAUUUCCUGUGAUGCACAAUGUGAAUCUGUUUGACUUUCCUCAAGGAGGAGGCUUGCAAAGACCCAGCAGAGAAAGCUUCAACAAGGUCACAUCAUGGGACUUCAACUCAUACUAUUCUCAGCAGCCCGUCUCCAUGGUAACCAUCCCCGACAACAGAUUCGUCCCGCAACAAGGCGUGAACCCUGACCUUCGACACUACGGCUACGCAGCCCACUUCAAUCCCAACGCCGCCCUUUUCCGCGACUACGCCCACAGCCAGGCCUCACUUCAUUUGCCCCAUCAGCAGCAGCAGCCUUUGCUCAUUCGACCACCACUGCCCCCUGCUGGUAUGGAGGGGAGGCGCGGCAGAAGGUCCACGGGGAAAAAGAGGCCUGCCAUUCACAGCUGUGAUUACCCAGGCUGCACUAAAACCUAUACCAAGAGCUCCCAUCUGAAGGCUCACCUCCGCACACACACAGGAGAGAAGCCGUACCACUGCUCCUGGGAGGGCUGCAGCUGGAAGUUUGCUCGCUCAGAUGAACUGACUCGUCACUUCCGCAAGCACACAGGCCAAAAACCCUACGAGUGUCUGCUGUGUCAGAGGGCCUUCUCCCGCUCUGACCACCUGGCUCUUCACAUGAAGAGACACACCUGAGGCUCCCACGCAGCAGGAUCGAUCAGGACCAUCACCAGCCUUUAAAAGAUAUGUUUGAUAUCUGCACCUUCAGAAACCACCUCCCUCCUGCUCAACGAAUGCCUAAUCCACUAUAGAUAACUGAAAAGAGGUGGCAGGAUCUUCUUCAUUUGGUGUCACACGUGUUCCUACUCUGAGGACCUGCACAGGUGUAACCACCUCCCUGUUUGCAUUCACCCUGCAUGCCUGACCCAAAGAAAGAAAGGAAAAAAAAAAAAAAAAAAAAAA